UUGAUGAGUUGCCCCCUCUCAUGCCGAAGGUCGAAACGUCGCUACUCUGGAAAAGGGGUAAUCAACCGCCACGCUUAUUAGCAGAAAAAUACAACGUUUCGAGUAUGUUUGGCAAAAUUAAUUCUAGUUAUAGAUAUAAAAGAGAAAAUUCGUUACCAAAUCGUAGAAUAGUUAAAAAAUUAAUUAGAGUACAACCUGUCCAUAAGAAUGACGACGAACAGGCUGUCAGUAGUGAUAUAGCACAAACGACCGGAGCACUUCGUAAACGUGUUCUUAUUCGAAAGAAAAAGCUUCCAUCGACUACGGCUUUUCCACGAAGAAAAGUUGUUGUGAAGAAGAAACGCUUGAAGAGCUCUCCAGCGCCCAGAACAAGUGUAUUUACUUCAACCGAAUACGACUUUUCGACCGUUGUACAAACUCGUUUACGAACUUAUACAUUUGUCGUAACCCGCGUCAAUGGUGAUGAGCACAUUGUCACUUCCACGACUGAGAUUAAACCACAGACUAAGACAGUAACACUAACAGAUGCUAGAACGAUCUUAACCACUCUGACUCUUUACGGUUUGGAGGAUACCGACAGUGUACCUUCCCAACAAAAGACUGUUAUUGACUCCACCCCAGGGGGACUCGUUUUUGAAACAGAAGCGCGGUAUAAUCUGGCAACAAGAGUAAUGUCAAACGGAGUGGAGGUGAUUGUCGCUGGAGAUAAAACGACGCUUCCAGGCGAACCCGAUAUCAAACGAAUUUUACCGACUACUAUCUACAAACCAAUCACUUUGAAACCGAGCACGCUGAGCGACCAAAUGAUGAUGAUCAUACCUCAGGAGUCAUCUAAUAUUGACAUGGCUUCCACGUUGCAGUCUAAUCAGUUUGUAACGAAGACCUGCCUAACGACGUUUACGUAUUUAACGACUUAUUUGGAAAAUGGAACAACGACCGUUUCUAGUCACGAGCAAGUAGUAUCCAACGUUGCAACGGAAGAUCGUAACUCCCAGAUAUCGACUUCAAAAUCUUCAACGGGCGGCAUUACUUUAACAAAGCAGCCCACCUUAGCAGCGGGAACUUUUCAAACCACGUACACCUAUUUCAACACCGUUCUAGACGGAGAUCAGCCCCUUGUGCUUUCGUCAAAGCACACUGUUACAAAUACAAUCACAGCCCCUAGCGACUAUCUGUCACUGCUAAAGCCUUUAGACAAAGCGUCCGCCUUUAAAGAUACCAAUACAUACUACAGCACGGCAUAUCUGAAGAAAACACUUCAAGAAGGUGACCGUUUACAUGUGACGAGCACCAAAGAGCUUGUAACCCAAGUUGUUAUAACCGAAUCAUCUCUUCCUAAACCCACGGCGGUGUCUUCUUUUGAUCCCGCAAGCAAACUUUUAACAACCGAUGUGGUUAAAACAUAUUACGUUACAUACACCUAUUAUAAUUCAUUGAUAGAAAAUGGCGAACCCACCGUUAAACUUAACAUCUCAACCUCAACGGACGUAGUAACCGAAAAAGUGUUUUUAAAACCAAAAACUACCGCCAGUAUGACUGGCACCAUUAAAGAAAAGAAGAAAAACAAGGUAGACUUGCAAAUUUUUAGUACCAAAACGUACGUCACCACCUACACCUCCCUGACGACGCUUCUUCAGGGGGAUAAGAAGAAAGUAACAUCGACAAUCGUAAGUUCAAAAACAAGAGAAAUUGAGAACGUCGUUACCGAGACAAUUAACGCCAACUUGUUUGAUCCACUGUUCGUUAGCUCGUUAAAAAGCGACAUUAAAAAGGGCACGGAAACAGUUGUAAAGCACGCCACCUUGCUUAACGGGGACAAACUUCGCAUUACCGCGAUCAAUAAGAAAAAAAUCGUGCCUACUAAAGUUUUGCCCAUAGAAAAAACUGAAAUUGUUACACGCCCAAUCACACCAACUAUAGAUUCUUCAAAUCCGCAUGUUAUCACCGGAUCUACUAUUAUAUUUUUCGAUGAGGAAGAACUCGCCGACUCGACUCAGGCGACACCAGCACUGUCGGCUAGUGAAACUGCGACUAAAAACAACUUGGGUCUCUUGCUGAGUACGGAGAUUGUUAAGAAAAAGAACACGACGCCAACGAAACGCCAUGUUUCAACUAGCCCAUUAGUCUUGCAAACAACUCCGCAGAGCAAAAUUACACCUGAGCCUCCAAGCAAAAAGACCAAGGGAAAAAUUUCCAAGCCAACCGAGAUUCCGGAUUUGUUAGGUUUAGGUUCAAUUAACACCUUUCAGGUGCUCAAACCUGUGAUAAAUGCAAUGGCCGGUUUAAUUAAGACGAAUAUUAAGAACGCAAACAGAAGCAAUACGUUCACCACCACUCCCCCACCAUCUGCAGACGCACAGAAUCGUUCGCCUAUUUAUAUACCCAUCGGUGACCAGGUUGCUGAUGUUGAGAUUGCGGAAAGCCAAAAUCUUGCGACUAUUCAUAUAAAUGAAUGGGAAGUUAAAAACGAGAUAAGCCCACAGGAGGCUCCAUUGAUGAAUGGAGGAAUUCCAAUAUCACCAGGUCAAGUUAUUACUGCAAAUUCGGAUGUAAUUGUGGGCAAACCGGGACGGAUCGGGCCGAGAAUACCGUCUAUACCGCUGAACCAGAACAAUGUGUGGGCUCAACCGCCCCGAAACGAGGAGUAUCUGGGACCGCCACCCGAGCCCGAUAUUUCUUUGAGACCACAGAGCUUCAUUCGGGGCGAGAAGCAUAGGCAUACUUUACCAAUUCGGCAAGAACCCCACAUUCUGUUUGAAACGCCGGUUGUGUCGAAACCUGUUCACGAGUUCAAAAUUGAAUCGCCGAUAAUGAAACAGCCCCUACUAUUUCCGGAGGUGAUCGAAAGAUCUACAGGUCAACCACUUUUGGUCAAUUUGCAACCGUCUCAAGUUGCCUUGAUCAAUAUUCCCUUUAAUCGAACCACUGCGCUAUUGUACGGAGGAUCUACGGAAUUGCACAAAAAUGGGAAAUACUUUGACGAUCCCGCACCGCAUGCGGCACCAGAGUUUUCGGUGCAUAAACAACUGACGACUCAUAGAGAGCCGUCAUUUGUUAUUCCGAAUCAAAAGCAAGUCGGUGGAUAUAUCAGAGUGGGCGGCGAAACAAUCAACAAGAAUCCGAUAUCUGUCCCUGGACCAAUCUUAAUCAUGCCGUCAAAACCGGCGAAAGAAAUUACUAGCUCGGCCCCGAUCUCAUUUGAAAUAAUCCAGAAUGGGGGAGACUUUAAUGCUCAUAUCAUUAAACACGAAGAAAUGAUGUUACAACCGCCGCCUCUACCAUAUCCCGAGCGUCCAAAUUUAGUUUUAAGUAACUUACUAGAGCCUUUUAAGCACGGAGUGCGUCAAAAGAUAGGGAUCUACAAUUCAUCUAACUCCUACGGGCAAGAAAAUGAAGGAACUGUUUACUUAGAUAAUCCGGACCCAUUGUUCUUCGUCAGCAGGCCUCCGUUUAGUCAACAAACAUCGAGUCCCAUACGAGAUGGUUCCAAGAGACAGAAUGGAUAUCGUAAUCGUGUACCGAGCAAUGAGCUCAAUGAGUAUUUAACUCCACCGAAAGUUUCACCACAGAUCCGUCCGCCCUUCCACAGACAGCAAAUACCGAUCCAUUACGAUGCGCCUAGGCCGCCGAACUCUAUUUCAUCUUCAACUGGAGAUUUCGAAGGUUAUCACAAGGAAGACGAUUUGUUAAACGAAGAUGGAGAAGUUGUUCAGGAGUCUAUAUCGCGACCACUUCGACCUGGCCAGGUUCCUCUGGAGGUAUUGGAGAAACUUUAUAACAAUGCGUCAGUUUCUCACUUUGGUCAUUAUCGGCCUUAUGUUCCCAAGCCAAUAAUACAAGUGCCAAGACCUUUCGAGCAGCAUGUUUACAUUGACGGGAACGUACACGUCAAUGGUCAAAAGGGCAGUGUAAAUGCAGAUACACACAGAAAUGUUAAUAAUGAGACGAUGCCGGAAAGUAGUACCAAAGUUGCGCCUUCGACAACGUCUGAGAAGGUGCCUACUACGAAGAAAUUGUACGUGACUUCCAUGCCCGUAAACGUCCAAUCUACGUUGCCAAACAGUAUGAAGCCGAGUUUAAGCUUGCAAACUGAAAAACCUUUCACGUUUCCGAAGGUAAAACCUUACGAGGUGAUAAUGCAGAACAUAUCUCGGCCACAUUUUAAUGCCACAACAUUUGCACCAAGUCCUGACAGUUUUGACUCUGACAUAGCAAUUAUGCAACCACCCCCAUUAAUAACACCGCCCCUUAUCAACUUAAAAACAACAAAUAAAGAGAAGCAAGAUCCAUUAGACCUUGACGGUCAAGCUAGUAUCCAAUCAUCAGUAAUUCCACCGAAAGUUGUCGGUUUACGUCCACCUCCGUUAAGUUACCCACCAACGACAAAAAAGGUUUCGGAAUAUAAAUCGACCAUCACAACGUACAGGCCGACAUACUCACUUGAAAUUAAUCCUCCUCGACCUAUUCACCCAUACACUUUUGAAAUACCCCCUCCUAGAAUAGGAACAACUACAAGAAGACCAAUGGUUUCACGGAGACCGACAACUAAGCCCACUGAAGCAACCACUGCAAGUACUACACGAACCCAAGAACAAACAACCGUCACUUCAACAACGAAAAAGCCAAUCACCAACUCGACCACUAAAUCAACAACUUUAGUUACUGAAACGGAGAAACGAAACAGUGUUACUUUGCCAUCCGUGUCUUCCGCAAAAACUACUUCAACUAAUUCCACAACGAUUAAACCUACACUCACGAUCAAACCUUUACCAACCAUCGAAAUCUUGCCCAGCAAAAUUUUAACGCACACCGAAACUACCACGAUUACAAUAACCAGAACAACCGUCUCGGAAACCCUAGGUGGUCUUCCGUCGACCAUGACCAUUCUAAUAACGACAACUGAAAAAUUAACAAAGCUCGAUACAGUAACCGAGAUUCAUACCCUUCUGCAACCUACCAGCGUAACAGAAACAAUUACAGCAACUAUAAAUCAUUCCCCUACACUCCACCCUUCGGAUGUUACCUUUUCAACGAUUAGUUCUACUCCAACUUUAGAAUCCGUCACCCCUUCCUUGGUGGCGGUAACCCGAGAUGACCUUGAGGACUUUAUUAUUCGCGACACGGACCCUCCGCCGCUCAAGCCAGGAAACAACGCGAGCGACGAUUCGUACAAGGAUAACGAUUCCAUAUUGGUCGUGAUGACCGAUAAGAAAAACGCCCAAAUCGUCAACGUUCCCGAGCUGGAAACGGAUUUAAGGGACGAAAUCCCGACGAACGAAAUCAAUCACAUUUUGCUAGGAGGAAUACUGAUCGACUCCCCGCCGAUUUUGGACACCAAGGAGUACGAAAAUCGGGAUAAGUGUAAUCCGGAAUGCAAAGCCACCAAGAACGAAUUGUGCCAAAAGUUUAACGGUUUAAUGAGGUGCGUCUGUCGGCCGGGAUUCGCGCGAAUGUUUUUGGACCACCCCUGCAAACCCACCUACACGUACAGUGUCAAGCUGGUGUUGGACAGAAAUGGCAGAGAAAAGUUGCGGUAUAACGACUCCCUAUCUGACAGCAACUCCACGGAGUUUAAUCGCCUGGCCAGAUUAACCUACGAAGGCCUGGAUCGCAUGGUAAUGCAGUCGGAUCUGCGAGAUGUCUACCAUGGGGUGAAGGUUCACGGCUAUGAACCUUUUGGUCGGGAUGGAGUCCUUGCCAAUGAAUUUCAUUUGCAGUUAUCCGAAAAUACGGAGCAAGCGGAAUUGGAAGAUGUUUUCAAGACGUACCUCGCGAAGAACAAUUACAGCUUGGGAGGUACCGAUUUACACGCAUCCAAAGAAUACCUGGAAGGCUUGGUCGUUGAAGACUUCGACGAGUGCAAAUACACAAAGUAUCACGAUUGCUCAGACCAUGCGCACUGCUUCAAUAUGGUCGGCACGUACACCUGCAGCUGCAAAGAGGGUUUCUCGGAUCUUUCCGAAAAUCCGAUUUACCCAGGACGUAUAUGUUCGGCGGAAUCGGUUGGGUGCGAGAGAUGCCAUUACCACGGCACUUGUUACUCUAGGGGGGCCGGCGAUGUGUUGUGCGAGUGCUUUCAAUGGUAUACUGGUGAAUACUGUCACAUCAACUUAAAAGUUUUACUGAUAGCAUUGGGGACAUUAGGCGUUUUAUUACUCGUUUUGCUAAUUGUUUGCUGCGCUUUAACCUGCUGCCGAAAGAAAUCGCGUCAUCCACCGCGCGUAGUCAGUAACUUAAGCUUCAUUCCUCAAAGACUUGCCGUCCCUAUGGUUCGGAGAGGAACAAUGGAUAGGAGAUUAAUGAUCCAAGACACCAGUUCGGAGAGUAGUCAUUCAGAUAUCCACGUACCAAAUUUUAUGGAAAAAAAUCCCAAACAACAGAAGGCCGCGAUGAAAAAGUCAAAGGAAAAUAAUUCUGCUCCAGAUAAAAUUAAUAACUCUCUUCCUGUUGUUAUUCCUCGAGCAAAGUACCACCCGAUACAACCACCGUGCGUUAGCAUGGUUCCUAUUGAGAAAAGAAAAUCUUCAGCUGCAAGCAGUAAUGAAACUAAACUUUUAAGCUAUUUGGACGUUGGACCCUAUCCCAAUAAGAUCGACGCAAAACGGAAGCACAGCAAAACACGCAGUGAACCAUACUUGGAAGACAGGCAGAUGCCUGGAGGUGCUUUGAUCUCUGCUGGUUUUGAGGUAUCAGCAACUGUAGGUUGCGGAACGUUGGGCACCAUUGCCACAACGUGCGGAACCGAAGCAGAUCGCAGCGAGAAUGCAACCCUUAUUCAGAAAAUCAGCGCCGCCGAUAUUUUGUCGAGUACAGGAAGCCAAUCACAGUUUACUACUUUUAGAAAGUCUAUACUAGACAACACCGAGGAUCCGCUAUCAAAUUGGCUGGAUUUGGCACCAAAAAUUACCACCACCGUAUCGGAGGCACGCUCUUGUGACGAAACAACAAUCCAUGUACCUACCAAAUCGUAUCGUAACGUAUAUGAUUCAAAAUCUUUGUCGCAGAAUCAAAACGAUGAAGCCAACACUAUGGCCGAGCGUGACGUUGGUUCAACCUUUUUACUACCUCACACCCAUUUAUAUAAACGGGAUAGGGGUAGCGACGAUGCAUCCGGAUUUGACUCUCUUUAACAAUUAUCGUAGUGCCUUUUAAUUAAUGCACACAACAGUGUCAUACUUGAGAGACUAUAUAUCUAUUUAUUUUGUUAUACACAUAUACCUUACCUAUGGCCAUAUUUCUUUUUGUGUACAUAUUUAAAAAAAUUAUGUAGGUAAUUAGUUAGUCACCAGUAUAAUAGAUAGUGUAAGAAAAUAGAAAAAUGACCGUUGUAAAUAUAUGAAAGUCUGACAUUACGUACUAAA